UGUGAGAAAACGUUGAUAGAAAACAUAAUUUAAUUGUUUAUUUUAUUUCAUACACGACUUCCAACUAUAACAUUCAAACUUUAUAACAAAACAAUGAUUGGGUACACAACAGCGUUGUUUGCUUUGAUCGCCGCAACAUUGGUCAUUGCUGGCCACGACGAACUGGUGCAAUGCACCCCGGGUAUAUUUCAGAUCAUCGGUAAGGCCGACUGUACGGGCUUCUUCAUGUGCGUGUUUGGGAAAAAAGUCGAGAUGCCGCCUUGUCCUCAAAGAUCGGUGUUCAGCUCCAGCGCAAACGUUUGUGUUCCUAAAGGUUCAAUGUAUGAUGACUGCAAGAAAACAACAGAAGGAAGCGGAGGUCACAUGCCAGUGCUGCCUGACUUAGGGCCUCUAAGUCCAGAGGAACGAUGUAACAUGUUCGGAGGCGUGUUCCCACACCCCACGGAAUGUCAAGCCUUCUACAAUUGCAGUGUUCGUUACACACAUGGGAUUCCCCGGUUCUUCGAGCAACACCUUGUUGAAUGUCCCUACCCACAGUUGUUCAACACUGAGACCAAACAGUGUGACCAUUUUGAAAAUGUACAAUGUGGAAGCAGGACAGAGUUCAAGGAUGGAUGCCAAUACAGAUCCAACCAGUGUCCCGUUGCCCACUGUAGACCCUGCCGUGUCGACCUUCCAAGCUGUGUAGGCAAACCUGACGGAAUAAACGUCCAUCCAGUAAAACUUUGGAGUCCAUUCUACGCCGUAUGCUACAAAGAACGCACGAUCAAAGAGGAGCGAUGCCAAGCUGACGAAAAUGGCCGAACACAAUUGUUCCAUCCGGACAGGAACGAAUGCGUUUCAUUAGAUAUGAUUCCUCGAGAACACGGGGGAAUGAUGCCCGAGUGCGGUACGAAAGUAGACGGGUUCUAUCAGGAUGAAUUUGGGCGAUGUGACCGAUACGUUCGUUGUCAGGGAGGAAAAUAUAUUGGCACGGUGAAAUGUGCGGUUGGAGAGGUAUUCGAUGGCACAAAAGAAGGCUGCGUUCCGCAAGAGAAAGCAUGCGGACACUGCGGAAGACUUGACCAUUGCUGAGAAACUUCUUUCACACUUUCCGAAAAAGAAUAUGGAUAAGACAUGUUAAAGACAGCAAAGUGUUGCUCUGAGUUGAUUUCGCUGUGUUUGCUCCACUUCCAACUUUAAACAUUUCAAAACCAACCAACUACUUUUGUGGGGGGUUUUGUGUGCUAUUAAGGUUUUACCAAACUCAUGAUGACUAUUGAUUAAGUUUCUGUACUUUAUUGAAUAUUUAUUUUAUACAUCUAUGUACUUAACCUGUUCAUUAAAUUUACGUGUGUCGUUAGUUCUGUGACAUAUAUAUUACAAACGAGUGUUAAAUGUCAGAAACAUAGUGUCACUGUACAUGCAGCCCCCUAUAUGCUGCAACUCUUUUAACAUUAUGUUUAACUAAUUUAUUAACAACCUUGAUUGUUUAUAAACUCAUUAGUACCCAAUUUGCAUAACAUAGCUGAAUGAUGUAACAUAGUAUAUAACUUAAAACAAAAGAAAGCCCGAUUCUGAUGAAG